AUGCAUUCAGUUAGAACUUUGAAUAAAUAGUCAUCAUUAUAAGCCAUAGAAAAUAUGCAAUUUAAUUAAGUAUUGGAUAAAAAAAUAAAAAUUUUAAUAUUAAUAUGUGAAUUUAUCAAUAAUAACUUUAGAUUGAGCUGUCAGAAAUAAAGAAAUAUUAAAGAUUAGAAUAUUAUAACUGAAAACUUAAUCCUAAAUUUCAUAAGCAGGAAAAAAGUAAGUUUUAGAAGAAUCAAAAAUCUUACUAAGGGACAUACUGCUAUUGUUAAUAUGAAAAUUAAUGAUAUAGACAAACGAAAACCUGUAAAUGAAGAAUUAAAUCUAAAAGAUCAGAUAAGCUUACUUUUCUAAGUAAAAAUGAUAAGUAAGUUCUUAAAGCUGUUGAACAGAAAAUGGAAUUGUUAUUAAAUUUUAAGUACAGCUUUCCAUUUCAUAUGAUAUCUAUCGAGAGAAUAUAUAUUAUA